AAUAUAUGCAUGUUAUUACUACUUCCCGAAUCGCCAUUUUAGCUUAAAAUUUUAAGUAGAAGCAUACUGAACGGUGAAUUGCUAGAAAACUUGGAUAGAGAUACGUUAAACUAGUUGAAGAAAUCAUAGAUACAUAGAUAGAGAUACGUUAAAACAGUUGAAGAAGAUGUUGUCUAGAUUAUCCAGAUUCGCUUUAGUUGUUAGUCUCGUAUUGGUAUUGGUUGGUGGAGUUUAUUGUGAAGUUGUAGAAGGUUGUUAUGGUCCACCGGAACCUUGUCUAGAGCGCACCCUGUCUUGUGGAGAUGGUAACGUUAUAAUAAUGACUUCGGAUUCUGAAGGGGGAAGCAUCCGAUUCGGUACUAAGGGUAAUAAUUGUACAAGAUUACAGGAGGACCAGUGUAAUUCGACUUGCUGUAAGUUUGAUGAAUCAGAAAAAGAUAUGCAAACACCAUGGACAGGAAGAGGUCUGUUAUCCGUAUAUCAACGUUGUAUCAAUCAACACAGCUGUAAUCUCACACCAUUUUACCAACCUAAUACUACUUACCAGUCUGUGUACUACAGUUAUUCAUGUAUCAAAGAGAAUGCCGUACACAACUUGUUAAAUCUAACAGCCCAAUCAUUGACGAACGAGUCGUUUAUUUACUAUUCUGGUGAAGAUCAACCACUGGAAACUUCGUGUUCCUGUCAGAUUAUCAACAUCCAGAUAGAAGAUACGUUGGUAGUUUACUACAGAGAUUUAAGUGUUGAGACUUGUAGCAAAAUAAGAAUAUAUCCACAAGACGAGAGAUUACUGAAUUGUAGUACACGUAACGAGAACUUCCAAGAACCUAUGAAUAUGACUGGUGGUAGCCGAGUUCAGUUCAAGGAUUUGGUAUUUAAACGUGAUGAGUACUUCUUGUUUAAAUUAACAGUUAACCAGGGAUUCCGAAACCUCUCGUGUGUAUGUACUGAUCCGCCUGUAAUUAAGAGUCCAGUUAACAAAAAAGAAAAAGACUUUGAAUAUACCGGUUUGAUGAUUGGUUUGAUUGUUGCUGCUCUUAUGAUAAUAGUAGGUGUAGUACUGUUUUGCUAUUGGAGGAAACGCAUAGAACAAACAGAAGUUGUAACUCUUCAUACCAGGAAAAGGCGGUCGACAUUAAUGGAUAUAUAUAACAAAGAACAGAACCGUCAAUCCACUACCACCACCAGUACGACCUACCAAGAUUUUACAGCCGAUAAUGCGGACUCUGUAAAGGACACAAACGCGCGGCCAACAUCAGAAUCACACGAUGAUGAUGAUACUUACUUAAAAUCAUCGGACGGUCUGUCAGAGGUUCCUCUCAGAAGUUCAAAUAACUCGAGAAGAUCUGGAGGAUUACACGAUCACGAUGGUGCUCAUUUGAAACCACCGGAAGUUCUGAAAGAGGUUCCACUCAGAAAUUCAUAUAAUUCGAGACAAUCUGGAAGAAGUUCUAAGGACAUAGAUGAAGAACCUGACGCUGAUGAUUAUAAGAUACCACCAGCUCCUAGACAACUUGAGUUACAAUCUGAGAGCAGCAUGGAUCCAGUCACUACUCGUCGUAGUGCUGCGGACGGCGAUAACGACGAUCAUCUGUCGAAUCAAGAUAUUUAUGUAAACGAUGAGAAGGACAUCGAUCAAAAUCCAGAUGAGGAGGACAAUUACGUAGUUCCUUGUGAAGAUCCUGGUUUUUAUAUCGAUAUGGACAAUCAAAGCGCUUCCAGGCCUCAGAGUAGAGUCACGCCUGGUACUGGGAAACAAAUGACGUCACCUGAACCACCCGAUGAUUUCUAUGAAAACGUGCAGACGGAUCCUGACGACGACGGAGCACUGGAUAUAUAUGAGGAAAUGGACAGCGCGAAACUUUAAUGAAAUCGUGGCUAAGUGAGUAAGGCGCUGAAUCAAUAACUAGGAGGUCUAGGGUUCGAUCCUUGCGUUUUUCCAGAGUGACUCCCCCUUGUUAGAUGGUGCUUUACAGAGAGCCUGACAAGGAAAGUGUCUAGUCGCUCGGACGGGACGAAAAUCCGAGGUCCAUUGACAGUUUGAAUUUGAUAUAAGAGUAGGCCGUAGCCGCUCUGCAUGGGCACAAUUCCUUCAUAGUACACUGGGAUCGAAACCAGACCACAUGGUUACCGAGCCAAUGUCUUACUUACUGAACUAACGCGGCUCCCAAGUUGUAAAUGAAUUCAUUAUUGUUAUAAUAUUUAAUACUAUUUGGUUGUUUUAAUCUGUAUAAUAUGUGAUGUUAAAUAACUGUAUGGAUUAAAUUUUAAUAUGAUGUAAUAAAUAGAUAAAUUGUACAAAUUAAAUGUUAUAUAGUUUAAUUGUAAAAAAUUAGAUGUUAAUUAUGAUAAACUGUAUUAAAUGUUCAAGAUACAUUAUGGAAGAUCAGAUAAAGAGCUGGCAGUUCUCACUAUAAUAGUUAAAAACUAGAUAAUGUAAAGGGAAUUUGCUGAAAAUUUCAGUUAAAUUGAUCAAUGACUAUCAACUGAGAUUUAAGCGUUUGAAUUUUCGGUCUAGCCUCGAUCAUCAUUACUAAAGUCAGUAGAAUAAAAAAGCAUAGUAUCCCUUAUCCAUUUCAUGGUUAACUUAUGAAUGGAAGCCGGAACCUAAUCCAAUAAACAUCGCAGGCUAGCGAUGCUAUCGAGAGUUGAUUAAGGUCUUUUCAUGUUAAUAAAUGUCUAAUUAAUAAUUUAGAUAAGAUUUCAGGCCUAACGAAAGACCUGCAAUAGGCAAAUUUAGCUCUUGCAUUAUGUAUGUUUAAGAAUUAACAUGAUGUAAUAAAUAGAUAAAUUGUAAAAAAUUAAAUAUACAUAAUAGAUAACUAGGUUAAUGUUUUUUAAAUUGUAUAAUAGAUAAAUAAGUUAUUGUUAUUUUAAACUGUAUAAUAGAUAAAUAGGUUAUUGUUAUUAUAAUAGAUAAAUAGGUUAUUUUUAUUGUUAUUAUCAUAGAUGAAUAGAUUAUUGUUAUUAUAAUAGAUGAAUAGGUUAUUGUUAUUUUAAUAGAUAAAUAGGUUAUUGUUAUUAUAAUAGAUAAAUAGGUUAUUGUUUUUUACACUGUAUUAUAGAUCAAUAGGUUAUUAUUAUUUUAAACUGUAUAAUAUUAAUCAUAGAUAAAU